CCUUACUAGCCAAUCUCCAUUAACCGAAAUGGUUACAAACGAUGCCACCGAAGUGGCCAUUCCACUGAUGGACGUCUCAUCCACCGUGCUGUCGUUCGAAAAUCUCAACUAUUCCGUCCAGCAGGGCUCCAAACGUAUUCUGCAGGAUGUUUCCGGUUUGUUUCGUUCUGGUCGUUUAGCGGCCAUUAUCGGACCUUCAGGGGCGGGGAAAUCAUCGCUGCUAAAUGUGCUCAGCGGAUUCCAGGUGCAAGGAAUGGAAGGCAGAAUUCUGGUGAACAAUGAAAGCGUCGAUCGUGAACGAUACCGGCAGAUGGUGGCCUACAACCCGCAGGAGGUGAUGCUUUUGCCGACAAUCACUGUCACGGAGACUUUGCUCUACGCAGUCGACCUGCGUAUGUCAUCCAGCGUGUCAAGAUUUCAGAAAAUAAAAAUAGUCAACGACAUCAUUGCGUUGCUGGGUUUGGAGGAGUGUGCCCACCGACAAGCCCGGGUACUGUCCGGAGGCGAGAAGAAACGGCUUUCGAUCGGACAGGAGUUAGUUUCCAAUCCCAAAAUAAUGUUCUUUGAUGAACCGACCAGUGGCCUGGACAGCGAAUCGUCGUAUCAAGUGAUGUCCUAUUUGAAGGAUUUGGCGCGGCAAGGACGAUGCAUCAUCAGUGUGGUUCAUCAGCCUAGUUCGGAUCUGUUGGAACUGUUCGACGAUAUCUACGUGGUUGCUGAAGGGCAGUGUUUGUAUAAAGGGCCUCUGGAAGAUCUGACUACUGCCUUCGCAGAUGUGGGUUUGAUAUGCCCGCAGUAUUUCAAUCGAGCCGAUUUCGUCAUUAAAAUGGCGUCAAAGUCAUGUAACGAACGCGAAAAAGUACAAUUGUUAAAAGAUCGUAUGAAAGCAGCACCCAUUGAGAACGGUUACAACAACAACAAACAGGAUGGAAAUCUAGAAUUGAAAACGGUCGAUAGGAAUGAUGAAACCUCACAGUACGCCAUUUCUCAAUGGCGUCAGUUCGCCAUUCUUACACAUAGAACAUUUCUGGGUACCAUCCGUAACUUCACGCUGACUGUGCUGAGAUUUAUUGGUCACAUUUUGUAUGGAGUCAUUAUCGGCACAGUCUAUUAUCAAAUCGGAAAUGAUGGGGCCAAAGUUAUCUCAAACGUAUCCUAUUUUAUGAUGAUACUUCUGUUUAUCGUAUUUGCUAACUCUAUGACUGUCGUCCUCACAUUCCCACUGGAGAUGGCCGUGUUCAUCCGGGAGUACAAGUCCAACUGCUAUUCGGUCGGAGCCUAUUUCUUCUCAAAGAUCGUUGCGGACUUCCCACUCAUGAUCGGCGGGGUGAUCUGUUUCCAUUUCAUUGCUUACUACAUGACGGGGCAGGUCGACGAAACCUAUCGGAUGUUGAUUUUCUUGAGCAUGUGCCUGCUGGCUGGGUGGUAUGCGCAGAUCUACGGAAUGCUCGGAGGUUGUCUGUUCCCGAUCGACGUGAGUCCCUUCAUUGUGCCUAUCACGUUGAUGCCGGCGGUCCUGUUCAGUGGCUACUUCAUCCGCUACGACGAGCUGUUCGACGUGUUCAAACCGCUGACGUACAUUUCGCCGGUUCGAUUCGCCCUGGAGGGAGUCUCGCUGGCGUCCUACGGUUUCGGGAGGAAGGACUUGAACUGCAGUGAGAUGUUCUGCUACUACCGGAAAGCCAGGAAGAUCCUUGAGAUGCUGGAUAUGGAGAAGAGCUCCAUCUGGGUGGAUGUAGGCGGGUUGGCAUUUAUUAUUAUAGGAUUGCAUAUUGUGGUAUAUUUUAGCUUACGCUUUAAGGUACGGUAAUGAGAUAUGUAAGGUAACAUGUGUGUAGGUUUGUAGUAGAGGGUUUAAGGCAAAUUCGUUUUAUCUAAUUUUCAUUGGAUUGAUACUCUCCUCUUAUGAUUAAAAUAAAAACUCUCCCCAAAACAUUUAGAAAUUUUUCAAAAAAAUUAUAAGAAAUCAUGGUACGGGCAACAAAUAAAUAUAAAAUUUCCAUAAAUAAUGCGAAAUUUCCAUAAACUAUUAAGAAUUUUCCACAAAACAAAAAUACAUUAGAGCUUUCAAAAGCAUAAAUUACAAUUAUAAAAAAAGAACCUUCCAUAAAGAAAUCAAAACGCUCCAUGAAAAAAAUGCAAAAUUUCCAUAAAAAAUAAUCAAUAAUUUGCAAUAAACAAUUACAAAACUUUACACAAAAUAUUUUUUUCCCACAAAAAAUGAAAAACUUUUCACGAAAAAAUUAAUGAAGAGCAAUUGAAAAAUAGGAAAAUUUUCAUAAAGAAAUAUGGAAAAGCAAUAAAACUGAGCAUUUUACAAUAGAUGACCCCUUCUUUAAAAGCGUUCAAAGUCCCUGGAAAAUUCAUGGAAACCAAAUUUAAUGCUUUUUUGUAUUUUGUUAUGGAAAUUCUUUUUUUAUGGCUCUUUAUAGAUUAUUUUGUGCAAUAAAAAAUAUUCUGUGGAAAAUGUUUUAUUUAUUUAUUUUUUUUU